AUGAUCAAAGCUACUGAUUCAAAACAACAGCAGAGGGUCCAUGUGGCAGCCGCCGUGGGACUUCUGUCUAUAAUUUUCUAUGCGGUUGGAUUUAGAUUCGUUGUCAUCUUCUCAGUGGUUGGGUCGCUUCUCGGUGGAAUUCUUUUCGCGAAAUGGAUUUUCGAGUGUUCCAAUGGAGAAUUACUUUAUCAGUGGAAGGACUUCUUCAAUGUCAAAUCUUCUACACCAGAAUACGAAAUUGAAGAUGACGAUGAUGCCAAAGUAGACACAGCAAAAACACGUAGAAUGCCUUGGCAGGGUCUAACUCUACCAUCAUCGCUAAACGAGUCUAUAGAGAACUUGUUGAACGAAAUCGUAGAACAGUAUGUGAAUGGAUGGUACGGCGGGGCGAUUAGCAGGGAUCGAGCAUUUAUAAACGAAAUCAAAUACCAACUCCGUUACGCUUCUGCAAAUCUCGUUCGUUGUAUUCGUCGUGUCGACUUGUCCAAAUUUGUAGCAGACGAGGCUCUUCCCAUUGCAACAUUUCAUGCCACUCGACUAACAGAAUUAGAACAAAAACUUCGUCUUUCAAACACGCCACCUAGAUCUCUUCUAGAAUCCCAAAUAGCUGAGCAGCUAGACGAUAUCCACGUGGCACUGAGCGGAAGAGAAGAGGAAACUGCUUAUGUUCGACAAAUUUCUGAUUUUCUAAUUCCACGUCUUCUGGAUGAGACUAGGCUGGCUGGAAGAGCUCAUGACGAUGACAGUCCUCUACGUUUGUUCGGAAGAGGAAAGAACGAACGACCGUGGCCAUCGAAAUCAGUGAGAGGAUUUCUGAGGGAAAUGUUGACGAAUGCAGUGCUACUUCCAGUUUUUGAUUUGUUAACUCAACCAGAUACAAUCAACAAUUGGUUAAUUUUGUUAUUCGACGAGGAUCGAAAAAUCGAAAUGAUGCAAGAAGCUAUAGAUCUGACUCCAAUCCCAAUACUGAAAGGACUGUGUGAUGACUCAACGUCUUCAUCCGAUAAUCUGCCAGAUUCUCUCCUUCAGCUGAAACUCACCGAGAUACUCCGUGAUGCUCGUCUAUACUCAAUAUUCCGAAUGUAUCUUCAAGAUAUCCGAGGACCAGUUCACGAGCUACAGUUUCUAGUAGAAGCCACACGAAUAUUAGAUAGUAUUCAAAGAAAGUCAGAAACCGGAAGCCAAAUUGCGUAUGAUAUAUGGCAGCUGUACGGGCAAUUUGUACAUGAAAGUGCUCAAGAGAGAAUUCGACUAGAUGAAAAACUUGUGGAUCAGUACAAACUAGCUGUGGAAAGCAAAGAUUUGAUGGUUCUAGAAAGCAUUAUUGAAUUGUCCUAUCAAGAAGUCUAUAACCGAACUCAGUUGACACACGUCGUCUCGUUUUGCCAAUCUGAAUGCUUCCUUGGAUACCUAUGCGGUUCCCCUCCAAUUACUAUCAACGAGCUGAUUGACCAACAGGACAGACAACGAGUCGCAGCUCCUGUCGAACGAACAUUUUCACUUUCACAACUCAGAGCUCGUGUCAGAAGAGCAUUGACUACUGGAGGAGAAGAGGAAGGGGGAGGAGGAGGUGUUGAGACUCCAGAAUCGCAAGGAGGUGGAUCUUCCGCUUCUUCUUACGUGAAUGUGGAUGUUCCUGCGAUCGAUGUGAUCAAUGCUGAGGGGAAUAUUGAAGAGGAAGAGAAGGCGGUUCCGAUGCCAACUACCCCUGGACUUGUAAUGGAUUCUGAACCUAUUGACCUGAACUGCUGGAAAGUAAAUGUUUCACAAGUAUCUGGUUUGAGAGAGCGGCACACGGAUCGACAAGUUUACGUUUUCAUAAUAGAAGUAGAGCGUCCAGAUGCGAAGCCUCACGAAACGCAACGAUGGUCGAUCCAUCGUACCUUCUCCGAAUUCUAUGUUCUCGAGGCUAAACUCAAUGAGUUCCAUGGAAACACUCUUCGAUUUUCUCCACUUCCAACUCGGAAAACCUUUGCAACUAGAGAUAAGCCAUUUAUGGAACAACAUCGUCUUAUCUUCUCAACAUUCAUCUCCACUCUCUGUAAACAGAAAGUCUUGAAUCGAUCCGAACUGCUCCUGGCGUUCCUCUCAUCAAAUGAAGAGUUUCGAGACACCCUCUCACUGGGAGAUUUGAAUCCAUGGAAAGUGGUGAAAAAGACGUUACCAGUAAAAUUGGUAGGAAGAGAAAAAGGUCAAAAUUUGAAGCCAUUCCUUCUAAAAACUCUUGCUCAAACGUUGGCUCCUCCGGAUCGUGUACAACCAAAGUCGGAUAAAGACAUUGAUGACGUCACACCAACGAAUUCCGGAGCAUCUUUGGCAACCAACGCAGUCUACUCUUCGAUUUAUGGAAACAAUUUUGACAGUGUGUUCAGAGAAUCUCACAAAAAUUUAGAUGAUCCUCAAUUAUGGACAAAUUCCGCAUAUGAUUCAAUUUUACUAUUAUUCUGGAAACCACUGAAAUGUCGGUUCGAAUGGACGGCUCCGAUUUUCAGUGCGAUUCGAUCCCUCUGCCGUAAAACAAUUGACUCUGUUAUUCGUUCAGUUUUUACGACAGUCUUCCAAAAAUCGUUAUCAGUUGCCAAUUUGAGCUACCUUGUACAUCAUAUUCAGUGGUCCCUGUUCUGUAAUGACGCUCCAUGGCCAACUGAACAAGAAAUGAAGAUGCGAGAAGAAUUGGCAAUGCGAAGAACACUGGAGUACUUCCAAAACAAUGUAAGCCUUAUAAUUAACAGUACUUCUCUAAAUUUUAUUCUUUUCCAGAUUCCAAUUCAUGCUCAACGCCUAAUCGGUCGUGACGACAUCAAAAAUCUUCUCGCUCGCAUAAUCGAUGCUCUGCAGUAUCCCCGUCUCAACAAACAACUUUUAUACGUUCUCGUUGAUAGUAUCUUGGUACAAAUCUUCCCAGAACUAGACGAGUCUAGCCAACAUCCGCUACAAUAG